ACAUCAAAAUGGAAAGAUAAUAGUUAUCGUUUGAGGAAGAUAAACGAAUAUUGUCAAAGAUAGUACAUUUCAUAAAUUUCACAUAUAUAGUCAUUUUAAAAUGUCACGAUUAAACGUUUCUGAAGGUGUCACAAGAACUGGAUCAGAAUCUGAAACACCAAAUAAUGAAACAAGGGAACUGGGAAUAAUUUCCAAUGACGAAAUUUAUUCCGAAUCAAUUUUUCCCCCAGCAGUUGCUUCGACUUUAAAUACUAGAGAUGAACGAGCUCAGAACAGACGACCCAUUCCUGUAAUUACUUCUGAUUGGAUUUCAACGCCUCGAUCACAACUAAGCGCACUUUCAGGAACAUAUUUUUUAUCCGGAGUUGAGCAAUUAGAAAUUCAAAGAAUAAUCGACUUAAGUACUCUAUUGGGAACGCAUAAGAAAGGAAAUCAAUAUAAGGUCAAAGUUCCGAAAGCCGAGACUCUUUUUUUAGCAAUUGAAUCAUCAAAUGAACAUCAACGACGACUUUUAAAAUCUUCGAGAUCAUUUACUUUGAAUAUUUUGGAUCCUUCUGGAGAAACUGCAUUUACAAUUGUAAAAGAUCUGAGUUGGGGAUGUUUACCAGGAUGGCUACAUAAAGUAAGAGUGGAAUCGUCAGAAUUUCUUGGCACUAUAGAGCAAAAAUUUACAAUUUUGGGACCAUAUUUUACAGUCUAUGACUCGGCGAGAAAUCCUCUUUGUAAUAUUGAAGGUCCCAAUGUUUAUUCAUGUUGCAUGUAUAAAGAAUCUUGUUUCCAGGUUUUGCCUAUUGAUGAAUCUUGUCAGUUGGCUUCAAUAAUGCGAAAAUUUGACGAUCGACAAGCAGAUUACAUUUUAUUGUUAACAUUUCCGGAAAAUAUGAAUAUCAAACUGAAAAGCUUACUUUUAGGCGCUUCUUUUCUAAUUGAAUAUUUAUAUUUUGAGGACCUUUGAAGUGAACGAUGUUCUGUUAAUCAAUACAUUAUGUACUAUUUACUCUAUUUUAUAAAUUUAUAGUUUGUAUAAAUAUUGAAUUUUGUAUCAAAUAACGUUAAAUAAAUAAAAAUUUACUUUUUUUCACAAA